AUGAAAUGGAAGUUGGUUAGAGAAUGUGGAAGUUGGGAUAGAGGAAGGUGGCAGUGGAAGCUCAUUUGGCGGCGACCUUUGCUUGGGCGGGAAUUGAUUUGGGAACAGGCUUUGCUCCAUGAGAUUUCACUGGUUCAACUACAUGAGGGUGUCCCUGAUGGUUGGAUAUGGCUGCCAAAUACUGAUGGUUUAUUCUCUGUUCAAUCUGCAUAUCUUUUCUUGCAGGAAUCAGAUUUGCCCGAGGCAGAUCCGGUGUUUAUAUCAGUCUGGACUUCUUUUGCUCCCUCUAACGUCAAAGGGUUCGCUUGGCGAGUGUUGUUGGACCGCAUUGCAUGUAGGGAAAAUUUACUGAAGCGCCGAGUCAUUGCAUCCAUAUCUGAUGCUUCUUGUGUUUUCUGCAACUCUCAUCUGGAAUCAAGUUUCCAUGUUUUAUUUUCAUGCCCAUUUUCUAUGCAAAUUUGGCAAGGUUGCUUCCAGUGGUUGGGUUGCUCUCUCUUUCAGUCAAACACCAUUCGGGAGCACUUUUUUCAAUUCAGGUUUGGUACAAAUAAAUUGCAGCAGCGCCUUUCACACUCUAUUUGGCUAGCUGCUAUUUGGUCACUGUGGCUAGUCCGGAAUGAUAUCUUUUUCCGAGGAGGAACAGCAGCUAUAGAGGUUGUUCUUGAGAGCAUCAAGCGUCGAUCAUGGCAGUGGAAUAAGGCAAACAUGCGGGGGUUUAGCUAUUCCUCAUCUGAUUGGUUUUUAAAUCCUCAUCUCUGCAUUGUUGGGUCCUAG